CACGUGACCUACAAUGUGUGAGCAGUGAGAGAAACACAAAUUUUGAUGAUGUUAGCAGUUCAGCUCUUUAUAUGCUGCGUGGCUUGACAUAGCAGAAUUGUCAGUUUUGCUGAAACACAAGAAGACGGUGCAUUUGUGCCCACUGGACAUUUAUCCAUAAGAGAACAUUUUUGAAGGAGUGAUGGCAGCUAUAGUUACUGGACUUAUCCCAAUCCUGCGCACUGCAGUGGACACCAGCACCACUUACAAAGGGCGCGCUGUUUGGUUCGGCUUCCUCUGUGUUCGCCUCGUGACCCUUUUUGUGGCUGAAAUGCCCUGGUUCAAGUUGGACUCGGAUUUUAGCUGCAACUCCACCAAGGAUGUGUGCACUAAAGCCUGCUUUAAUAGACAUUUUGACAAGCCUGCUGUGAUGGCCUGGAACUUUCUCUUCAUCUUACUGGUCAUCUCAGUCAUCAUCAUGGAGCUGUUCACAGCCCAUGUUCGAUCUGUUUUACAGAAGAAGGUUGUGAGAGAGAGGAAGGGGGUAGAGGUGGAGUCCCUCGGAGAGCUGAAAAGUACAAGUAAUCUUGCGGCUAACUCAGGAGCGUUGAUGAUCCUUGACAUGCAUGGAAGCAUACACGCAGUGCUCUGCUAUCUUUUCAGCAUGAUACUGCGAAUUGUGGUGGAGGGCUGCUUCGUUUAUGUUUUGCUCAAUUGGAACCUGCCUAAACUGAGCCAAACCUCUUUCCUGUGUAAUGUCAUAGACCAUGGAUGUGCAGAGCAGCAAUGUGUAGUGAGGGCCACAGCAGAAAAGCGCAUGUCUAUCUAUGCUCUAGCAUCCAUUUCUAUCCUGGUUAUCAUUAUCAGUUGUCUGUUUUGCCUUUACUUCAUUUUCCACUACAUCUGUAACUGCUGUACCCGAAGUUCGAAUGAUGUGUAAAAUGAGCUUUAGUGCUUCUGAAAAAAGUGUGGGCUUUUUGUUUAUUGCUUAUUCUUCUUUUACUACACAGGGAGCAUCAAUGCAGUGUUAUUGUUGUGUUAAAUCUUUUGCAUCACCCUUUUAAAAGAAAUUCUUUGAGGCAAGUGUAUACAGUUGUAUGAUAAAUUGCACAUUACUGUUUAUUUGCUGAAUGUAACAAAAAUAAAUAAAAUGUGGCCUUUGAAAUGUGUAUCUGCCCUGUGAUGGACUGGCGGCCUGUCCAGGGUGUUUA